AUGGGUUGGACUGGAAUGAGCAAAUACCAUCGGAAACGCUGGCUUAAAUAUAAAUCAUCAUUGCCACAACUUGCCAAAUUGAAAAUUCCUCGAUGGAUUCGUUGGUCGAGAGAAUCUAAAAUAGAAUUGCAUUGCUUCAGUGAUGCAUCAACUGCAGCAUAUGCGGCUGAUAUUUAUUCAAGAAUUAUCAAUCCUAAUGGUAUAUUUGUGAACAUUUUACAGGCAAAAUCAAAAGUAUCACCAAUCAAAACUAUUUCUAUACCGAGAUUGGAACUGUGCGCUGCCAAUCUUUUAGUCAAGUUGGCUCAAUCUGUGAAAGAAGCGUUGGCAGAUAUGAACAUUGAUAAUAUUUAUUAUUGGAGUGCUAGUUCAACUGUUUUAAGUUGGACUCAAAGACCUCCUUCCUCUUGGACUGUAUACGUUGCAAAUAGAGUUGCGGAUAUACAAAGAUUGAGUAAUACAGAUCAGUGGAGAUAUGUCCCAUCAGUUUUGAAUCCGGCAGAUUGCGCUUCUAGGGGAGUUUUUCCAGAGGAUUUAGUUGAUGAUCAAACAUGGUGGUUUGGCCCACAAUUUCUUUAUAAACCUUUAUCCUUUUGGCCAAAGGGCCUUUCAAAUUUACAUACAUCUGAAGAGCAAAUAUUGACUAAAUGUUCUAGCAAUACGUGUAGCAAAAGGGAAUACCCCGAAAUACUUUUUAGAUUUUCUACAUUGAGAACUUUACUUCGAACUAUUACUUUGUGUUUUCGUUUUAUUUACAAUUGUAAAAAUCCUAAAUUAAAACGGACUAGCUUCCUAAGAAUAUCGGAAAUAAACGAAACUUUGCUAAUAUUGAUUAAACUGACACAAUUAGUUGAUUUUCCAAAUGAAAUAAAGCUACUCUCUACAAAUCGUGAUAUAAAACAAAGUUUUUUACUUAAGCUUAUGCCAUUUCUCGAUGAAAAGGGUAUAAUUAGAGUUGGAGGUCGCUUACAAACCUCUACUUUGAGUUACAAUGUAAAGCAUCCAAUAGUAUUAGCUACAUCGAAUCCACUCUCAGAGUAUAUAAUCAAAGACUCACACGAGAGAACUUUGCCUGGUGGUAUUACACUUACCAUGUCUGUUGGGAAUCGUAAAUUUUGGAUUGUUUCUGGAAACCAAUUGGCAAAAUCCAAAUGUUUUAGAUAUUCAGCUAAAACUUCACAACAAGUUAUGGGUAAUUUACCAUAUGUUCGUCUAAAUGUUACAAGACCCUUUAAGCAUAGUGGUGUUGACUAUGCAGGUCCAAUAACACUUAAGAACUCAACAUUAAGAUCCGCAGUGAUUUCCAAAGGUUACAUAUGUUUAUUUGUGUGCAUGGUCACAAAGGCCAUACACCUGGAAGCUGUUUCAGACCUUUCUACAAAUGCUUUUCUGGCUGCAUUUAAACGUUUUGAGUCCCGACGAGGAGCGUGCUCCGAUAUCUAUUCAGAUUGCGGGACAAAUUUUGGAGUAGCUUCAAAGGAACUCCAAAUUCUAUACAACCGAAAUAUAAAAUCUUUGCCAAAUGAUUUGCGCCAGGCAUUAAGUUUAAACUGUACUAACUGGCACUUCAUUCCACCAGCCUCACCAAAUUUUGGUGGUUUAUGGGAGGCUGGUGUAAAAUCGGUAAAACACCACUUAAAACGUAUCACGAAUAAUAGACUUUUAAGCUUUGAGGAACUGGCAACUCUGCUUUGCCAAAUUGAAAGUUGUUUAAACUCUCGGCCAUUAUGCCCUCUAUCCUCAGACCCUUCCGAUUUUGAUGCGCUUACCCCUGCGCACCUUCUUGUAGGAGAACCAUUACAAUGUGUCCAAAAGGAGACAUUGCUUGAUCAAAACAUCAAUCAUCUUACUCGCUGGAAAUCCGUAGAAUUAUUAAAACAACAUUUCUGGAAAAGGUGGUAUAGAGAAUAUCUUAAAGAUCAAUCCCGAAAUGGUUAA